UCCAUUAGGGUAAAUGUUUCAUCACACAAGGCAAAAACGGCUGGCUGUAAUUUCUACCCACCGGAGCCAGACGAGAUAAAGCUUAAUCUGGUCAUCAGGCUUACCAGGCUAUCAUUCCAAGAUGUCGUCGGCUGAGUCACAGCUGCCCUGGACCGCACCAUUUGAUGCUCGCUACCCUAACAUGAACCAAACCAAGCACUGCUACAAGAGCUACAUUGACUUCCAUCGCUGCCAGAAGCUGCGAGGGGAAGACUACGAGCCAUGCCAGUACUUCAAGAAGACCUACACGUCGCUCUGCCCCAAUGAGUGGGUCAGCAAGUGGGACACCCAGCGAGCUGAGGGCACAUAUCCCUGCAAAAUAUAAUUAUAAUUCCAAACUCUUCUCGUCCGCAUCGCUGUAUUUAUUUUUCUGUAUACUGCCAUCUGAGAAUAACUAGAGACCUUUACUCAUUAAUUUUUCUGUGUUGUCGGAUUUGGAAGGCUGCCGCUCAUCUUGAUGUCAGUGUUUUCGAUGGGCCCAUAGCUAAACGGAUAUAUGGCUGUCGAAAUUAUUACUGGUUCUCUUCCAAAUUUUGAUGCUCUAAACUAAUUAGGAAACGUGGCUUCUCACUGAGCAUUAAUUGAUGAACACAAUUGUAAUCUGGUACUUUCAUCUUAUAGAAAUUUACCACUUUUUUUCAGCCUCUAUAUCCCACAGCGCUGUGUAGUUUCUCUGCUCAUGUGGUUUGAAAAUAUGUAAAUUUAUG